UAUAACAAAUUCGUAUUGAUCAGAGUUUUUUUUGUAACUAAAUCCCGUAAAUACAGGAAGCCUGUUCUUGAAGAACCCUAUGAAGAAACUUAAACCUAAUACGAAGGCAGAAAAAGAAAAGGAACCCGAGAAGGAGGGAAGAGCGCGGGUUGUGUUUCUUUAUUCCAAAGCCAUGACUGGGACGCGAGGGAGACCUGUUGUGAGCGGGCCUAGGAACCGAAUGUCGCCCCAACCAUCCAAUUCGGACGGCGUUAAUGGAGGCUCUGGUUUCCAGGGAGAUGACAGGACACGUCACCAGGGCCCUGAAGCUCAUGAGAAAGGUAACAAUGGAGGAGAUGAUGGUCGCCGAGAGAAGAGUCCAACUUUGGGGGACAAUGUCGAUCGGUUAAGGCCUGAUGCUUGUGUUGUGCGUGAUGGAGAAGACAAUAAGGUGUUAGUGUGUCAGGAAACGCCGUGUCCCAUAACGGUUCAUCACAGUUGUAUGUCCGGUUUGGAUGAACUCGGGAACUCUUGCUGCCCUUAUAAGUGGCUAGUUGAGAAGGUGCAUGAGAAGUUUACGGCGGCUGAGAAGCGCGUGAUAGUUAGAGAGACUGCUUCCCUAUCAGUAGAUAUGGCUGUAAUGAUGGGUAGGGAUGGUGGGGAAACCAUGAAUGUGAUUGGGGUAAAUAUGUGCCUUAACCCUUGUGAGAAUAGAGGUGGAGAUGUUGAAUCAAGUCAUGAAUGUGUGGAAUCAGAGAAAAACCAGCAAUGUGAGGAGGAGGGUGCAACCGAGUGUCGUGCCCCCAUACAGAGGAAGGAUACUGUUACUCGCAGUGGCAGGAAGCGUAAGCUGCUGGUUUGGACACCUGAAGAAGAAGAGAUGCUUAGGAUUGGUGUAGAGAAAUUCUCGAAAACAGCCAACAGGAACAUGCCCUGGAGCCAUAUUUUGAAGUUUGGUGAGAGUGUGUUUCAUGAAGAACGAACUCAGGCCGACCUCAAGGCGAAGUGGAAGAAGAUGACCAAAACUUUGUAAGAUGCAAGAGGCAAAAGGGUAAACCUUCUUUCUCUUUAAAGACAUACCCCGAGUGCAAGUUUUAGGCUUUUGUCCAAUCCAUAGCGAACUCAGUUAUAACUUUGCUGUUUGAUUUAACAUUUGUUAAUGGUCUGUUUUUUUGGUAAUGGUUAAUGGUCUGUUUUCCAUAGUAGUAGUUCUUGGAUGUAUAUUAUAGACGUGUACACAUAUAGCAAAAACAGUUUCGGCCCUCGCGAAUCUCGAGAACUGAGUUAAAGAUCGACUCUUUUUCCCCGGGGGAAGCAAGGCUUCUGCACCACGAGUUUCUAUUAGAUCGGGUAGCUGGACACG